CAACGCGAACUCCGAUUGGCUCUCUGGACUCCCACGAGGUGUCGCAUGCAAACGAUUUGCGAAAGGGUUUAUUGUUUCUUUGCUUUCGGGAGCCUAAACUGUUUGGAACCUACUCAGCGCUACAAUCAAAUAACAAGUCGGAAAAAUGGCUGGUGGCAAAGCAGGAAAAGACAGCGGCAAAGCCAAGGCGAAAGCAGUGUCGCGCUCCCAGAGAGCUGGGCUGCAGUUCCCAGUGGGUCGUAUCCACAGGCACUUGAAGACCCGCACAACCAGCCACGGUCGUGUAGGAGCCACAGCAGCUGUUUACAGUGCUGCCAUCCUUGAGUACCUCACCGCUGAAGUACUAGAGUUGGCAGGUAACGCCUCCAAAGACUUGAAAGUGAAGCGUAUCACUCCUCGCCACUUGCAGCUGGCCAUCCGUGGUGAUGAAGAGUUGGACUCACUUAUCAAGGCAACCAUUGCCGGAGGAGGUGUCAUUCCCCACAUUCACAAAUCCCUCAUUGGGAAGAAGGGCCAGCAGAAGACUGCAUAGAUGCCAUGUUGACCAGAAAUUUUGGGGCUUGGGCUUUGAUUGGACCAGGAGUUGACCUUUGUUCUUUUUUAUUAUUAAUAUUAUAGCAAACGAAGAGUGAUUGUUAGCCUUUGUGUUUGUUAUAUUUUCCAAUAACUAGAAAAAAGUACAGAAACCCCUUAAAGACAGUAAAUCCUUUGUAUGUUAAUGUAGAACGUUUGACUGGGGAGUUAAUGAUUAUUUGAAAUGGUGGCAGUGAAUUUGUUUGAUUGGCCUGGCUCUGUGUAAUGUUUUAUACUGAAAAACAAAUUGUUAAACUGUUUUUAUAAAAAAGAUCUUGUUUGUGGUUAUUUUCUCUGAAGUUACAAUAUUUACUAUGACACAUUUUUAAGGAAAUUUCUUUUUUUUUUUUUCUUUUUUGAUAGUAAAUUGGAUAACAGCUAAAUGGUAAAAUGGUGCUUUUUUUCUUUUGAAUUAAUGUAAAUUUCUUUGAACUGCACAAGCAUAGUGAUGUAUUAAAAGUUACUUUUUUUUACGCCAGAGUGAAAUAUUGAAAGCAACGUGUUGUAACCGCCUGCUACAGUGUUUUGUGAUCAUGUUUACAGCAGUGAAAACAGUGUGUUAAACUUGAAAUUCCAUAUGGGCAGUGUGAUCCUCAGCUAAGUGGAAACACUGUAAACUUAUUGCCUCACUGUGGAACUCAAAUCCUGCCGUUUGUCAGCUACAUAUCACCCCUGGGUACAGCUGGUACCCAGACAGGAUGAGUAGAGGAUAACUGAUGAGUGCUGAAAACAUUUGCCUGCACUACCCAAGUAUUUAGGCAUAAAAACUGUCCCCUUCUAAAAGUCCUUUACAUUUUUGAAGUACUGAGAUUGGAGCCUUUUUUUAAAAGCUGUGUUCAGGGAAAUGACUUUGCCCAUUUUAUCUUUGAAUAAACACCGUUGGCAUGUUCUCUG